UGCACACAGCUUAACCUAUCUUAAGCAAGUUUCCUUUUUGUGCAGCGUUAGGCAUUUUCUUCCAUGCUUUUAAACUUUUUUUCCAAACACAUUUUCCGGGAAUGUAAAUACACCACCGGGUGACGUCACACAGGGGGCGUGGUCUGUAUGCAUACAUGGACUGGACUGCUUCCCCAGAAAGCAUUAAUUAAACCCCACUGUGGAACGAUGGCUCCUCUCCCUGUGCUCAGAGCGGUUCUCCUGGUCUCGUUCUCCGUGCUCCUGACGGUACUGCUGGGCUUCGGGCUGCCGGCUCUGCUGAACACCGGGACCCGGGUGCUGGGACUUCCGGAGAGCAGCGUGACCGAGUGCAUCGUGGGGCUCUAUUUACUUUUUGUGUUGUUCAUGGCGACGCCUCGGAUUCCAAGAGGAUUGGUGGAGGUGAAGGGGAGAGCUGUGUUUGUCACAGGCUGUGAUAGUGGAUUCGGUCAUGCUCUUUCAAAACACCUGCACAAGCUUGGCUUCACAGUAUAUGCUGGAUGUUUGCUUAAGGACGAAGGAGGAGAGGGUGCAAAGGAACUGGAGGAGUUUCACUCUGAUCGCAUGAAGGUGGUCCAGCUGGAUGUCUGCAGCGAGGAGCAGGUGAACCAGGCUGUGGAGUACAUCAGAGAGAACCUGGAGGACGCAGACAGAGGUACUGGAAAUCAUUCAAUAAGUCCUCCUCAUACUGUUUUUCAUCAAUAUAUCACAGGUCUCAGAUAUAUCCAGAGCCUGUCUCUGAUUGUCUGAAACA